GGACAUUUUGAAAGUUAUAGGUUAAAGAAGAAAAUAAAAACUUAUAACGUCGUAUUUGAAAAUAUUUCGCUUCAAAUAGAUGAAUCCCAUAAUUGGUUAAAAUAACUGCAAUUCGUAUACAACAAAAUAAAAAAACAUCUUACGGUCAUGGAAAAGUAUCCUCUUAUUAUUAGACAGAAUGUCAGCAGCUAUCCUACUUUUGGAUUUGAAGUAUUAUCUAAAUAUGAAUUGCCGAAAUCUACAUCAGAAGUAUUAAUUAAUUAUGUUACUACAACCCUGGGACCACAUGCUGCAAAACAGUUUAUGCGCUUUAGCAAUCAAACAGUUGUUGAUAAAGCAACUGAAGACAUGCUACACUUAAUUGAUCCAUUUUGGUAUCAAUUUCCACCUCUUAAUCCUAUUUGGUAUAUAUGCUUAGGCCUUGUGAUUUUGGCAUUAGGAAUCAUAGGAGUAUGUGGAAAUUUUGUUGUUGUGUACAUUUUUUUACUUACUCCGUCAAUGAGAACACCAAGUAAUCUUCUUGUAAUUAAUUUAGCCUUCUCUGACUGUGUGAUGAUGUUUCUUGAAUGUCCUCCAAUGAUAAUAAGCUGUUACUAUGAAACCUGGAUUUUAGGUCCUUUAUUUUGUGAAAUAUAUGCACUCUUUGGAUCUUUAUGUGGUUGUGCUUCAAUAUGGACUAUGACAGCUAUAGCUUACGAUCGUUAUAACGUAAUUGUUAAGGGCAUGGCAGGCACACCACUUACAGUAUCCAGAGCAUUGAUUCAAAUUGUCAUCAUAUGGCUUUUUGGACUACUUUGGGCUAUAUUACCUAUGGUAGGAUGGAACAGGUAUGUUCCUGAAGGUAAUUUAACAGCAUGCGGCACAGAUUAUCUGGCUACAGAUUGGGCUUCGAGAUCAUAUAUUUUAGUGUACUCGUUUUUUGUAUACUACUUACCACUGUUUACCAUCAUUUAUAGUUACUACUUCAUCGUAGCUACAGUAGCAGCUCAUGAACAAGCUAUGAGGGAACAGGCUAAAAAGAUGAAUGUUGCUUCGUUGCGUUCAGGGGAACAAUCUGGUGAAAGUGCAGAAAUAAAACUAGCGAAGGUUGCCUUAACAACAAUAGGUUUAUGGUUUAUGGCAUGGACACCAUAUUUAGUUAUUAAUUAUAUUGGAAUAUUCAAUCGAUCUCUUCUCACACCAUUAUUUACGAUUUGGGGUUCCUUAUUUGCUAAAGCUAAUGCUAUUUACAAUCCAAUUGUUUACGGUAUAAGCCAUCCGAAAUAUAGAGCUGCCCUAAAGGAAAAACUUCCAUUCUUUGUUUGUGGCGAAACAGGCGAAGCAGCACCGGCAGCAGCUGCGAACGCUGACACUGUGUCAACAAACAGCAAAGCAUAAUAGUUUAAUAAGCUAAUAUCAUAUCUUAUUAACACAAUUCUAAUAACUUUUAAAAAAUACAUAUUACAACAUAAAAAGUUUUGGUCAUUAGUUAGAGGAAUUUCUUAAUAUUUAAUUAUUUUGAAUAAAAUUCCUAACCUUCAGGUUAGACCUUUGCAAGGUCUGAAGUAUGUACUAACCCCUUAAUAAAUGUAAACAAUACAAAACAAAUUAUCGAAGUCUAAUAAAAAAUCAAGAAUUUGUC